UUCACAUCGGAUUUGAUUGCGACAACAAUAAUAAUAGGAGCAUAAUUCAUAUUGACGCUUCAAUCUGAUUGCAAUUUGCACCUUUAUUAUUGGGUUUGGGUUCUAAAACAUACAAAUACGUGUUUCUUAGUGUUUUUUAGUGUUACUAACCAGCGUCUCCCCUUCAUUGCUCCUGACGUUUACCUGCAAACUUGCACCUCAAUUUGACCUCUGGAAAGACCAAGUUUCAUCAACCAUCGAAUAAUUCCAGAUUCGGAGCUACAACCUCAAUGCGUAGGGACCAAGUUACUCAAAGAGCUUGGAUUACUGUCCCACCGAGACUCCGCGCCUGCCAUAGAAGAAUACCGUCCACCCUCAGGAGAACACUGUGAUCCCGAUGGGUCCUAAGAAAGGGUCAAAUUCGAAGGAUGAUUCGUCCAAGAAAGGUGGGAAAGGAGGGAAAGGAGGGAAGGAUCCCUCUGGCGACAAAACUACUGGGAAGCUGAAACCCGCGAACAGCAUCAACGUAAGGCAUAUUCUAUGCGAGAAGCACUCCAAGAAGGAGGAAGCCUUAGCAAAGCUGCGAGACGGAGCCAAGUUUGAUGAGGUUGCCCGGGAAUUUUCUGAGGACAAGGCUAGACAAGGCGGUUCAUUGGGAUGGAAGACGCGUGGUUCGUUGAUAGCCGAGUUUGAAAAGAUGGCAUAUGAGCUCGAGACGAGCACGACGGGGAAUCCGAAGUAUGGAGAAGUGAAAACCAAAGAAGGUUAUCACAUCGUCAUGGUCGAAGGGAGGAAGUAAUGUGGAAGUCUUUCAUGACGCGGGACGGAUUCGGACAGGAGGCGGUGGUCAAUGACAAUCACGAUAUCAGUAGCAUAUGAAUCAAGCUAUGAUAAUGUCUUCCAAGUUCAUUCCUCAGGAUGUUCCUACAAAAUAUAUUAGAUCUCACUGUCA